ACAUACAUGCAUCGUCUCUCCCUCUCCCUCUCUAUAUUAACCAACCCACAAAGAGAAGAUCAAGAAGAGAGAAGAAGAAGUUUAAUUUAGAAGGAGAGGAAUAUAUAAUAGUUUUAGUCAGCAAAGUCAAGAGUAGAAGAUCAGAGAGAUGGAAUGGAGGAAGUGUUAUUUGGACGUGAUAUUGGUGCCAUCAGCUUUACUGAUAAGCAUCGGAUACCAUUUCUGGCUGUGGCACACGGUUCGGACUCAGCCUCACCGAACUACCAUCGGCGUCAAUGCCUCUGUUCGACGCAGCUGGGUCCAAGCCAUGAUGGAGGACAAUGACAAGAAAAACAUACUAGCGGUUCAGUCUCUGAGGAACACGAUCAUGGGGUCGACUCUAAUGGCCACCACGUCGGUGCUGCUGUGCACGGGACUAGCAGCAGUGAUAAGCAGCACGUACAGCUUGAAGAAGCCGCUCAACGACGACGUGUACGGAGCUCAAGGCGAAUUCAUGGUGGCUCUCAAAUACGUCACCCUCCUCACCUUCUUCAUCUUCUCUUUCUUCUGCCACUCUCUCUCCAUCAGGUUCAUCAACCAGGUCAACAUCCUCGUCAACGUCCCACUCCAGGGCGACGCCGUCACUCCCUCUUACAUCCACCACAUCUUGGAGAAAGGCUUCAUCCUCAACACUGCCGGAAACAGACUCUUCUACGUCGCCCUUCCUCUCUUGCUCUGGAUAUUUGGCCCUGUUCUUGUCUUCCUCUGCUCUCUCGCUAUGAUUCCUGUGCUUUACAACCUCGACUUCCUCUUCUCUGCUUCUCCCGAUAACACCAAGAUCUAACCUGAACAAACUCUAGUCGUCACCCACCGUUAAUGCUUUAUUAUUAUAGGGAAUAUAUAAUGCAUGUGCGAGAUCUACUUAACGUUUCCAGACUUGCAUGUAUCUGCGUUUCGUUUUCCAGGACACGUAAUGCCACGGACUGUCUCGGUCCUCUGUUCUCUUCUUUGUAAAUUAAUUUACCCUCCUUCCUGGACCA